AUGAGAACUUUGAUGGACUUUACUCUGAUCAUUUGUUUAGGAAAACCCAAACCUGGUAGAAAUCCAGCUCCCGCGGGGGGUCGGGGGCUGCUCCGCACCCCCAAACCCAGCUGCUCCCGCAUCUGCCCCCCGGGGCGCAGGAGGACCCCCCAGGCUAAGAGAAGGGGAUGCAAUGCCAGGGCCCCUGCGGGUGUGCCCCCCCUCACAGCGGGGGAGCCCGAGCAGGGCCCGCAGGGGAGGGAAGGAGGAGGAGAUCAAAGGUCCCUGACAGUCCAGAGCCGAGAGCCGCGGCCGGGGGGCGAGGGGGCCCGAAGGACAAACAGGGCGAGGCGGGGACUCGGGGUCCGGCCUCGGGCUGGGGGCCCCGAGCUGGGGCAUCCCCCCGGCCGGCCUGCCUCAGUUUCCCCAUCCUCUCCGGUGGGCGGGAGGAUGCAGUCGCGAGCCCCGCGGAGGCCGGGGGGUACCGGGCACCUGAGGGGUGCAGAGGAGCGGGGGCUGGCCCCGGUCCCGCUCCGUACGCACCUGAGGGCCGCGGGGUCCGUCCCUGAGGCUCCGCCGGGGCCAGGCCGGGCUCGUCGCUGUCGCCGCUUCGCCGCCGGCUCUGAGCCCGCCGCGGAGGAAGAGGAGAUGGAGAUGGAGGUGAAGUUGGAGGAGGAGGAGGCGCCCUGCACUGACGGUCCGGGAGCGGAGGCGACGGGAGGCCCGGGUGUCUGUCAGGCCGUCGGUCGGUCGGUCAGUCAGUCAGAGCGCCGCGCUUCCGAACGCCGCUGCCGCUGCUGCCCCUCCCCCCGACCGGUGAAUUUCUCCAACGUGGCAGCCGCGGCCCAGCCCCGCCCCGCGAACACUUCCGGGAGCAAAGGGGGCGGAAGGGCAAGGGUGGAAGAAGAAACGUUUUCCCCGGGCGCAGGCGCGCGUGCAGCCGCGAGGCGCUCCGUUCUGCGCAGGCGCACACGCUGCCACGGCGGAGCCUCAUGCUGGCGCAGGCGCGCCAGAGACCACGGCACUUCCGCUAUGCGGCGGAAUAAGAGCAAAUCCUGAGAGUGACGAACGUUCGGUUACCCUGCGGCCAGGCGGGCCUGCACAACAUACACCUGAAAUGACCGGGUUGCACUGCACACUCCUGUUUGACGUGAUCUGCGGCAACCAACCACCAUCGGUCUCUAAUCCAACCUCUGUGCUACCUGAAGUUUACGAGUUGUGCACGUCUGUUCUAAAGACAACGGACUGGCUAUGCGGAGGACUGUAUAUGAAGUCCAGGAAUGAGGUUUCAGGCCUCCUCAGAUGGUCAUACCCUGGGUGAGUUUGAGAUACACAUGUGGUGGGUGUGGGAGUGUGGGGACAAGCUCAACAAGAGAAAUCAGAGGUAGAUAUAUAAAUCUGGAAAUUAGAUCCUGAUUAGUUAUAGAGGCUCUAUUGUAGGGCCAAAGCAGUUGGCUGUUGGGAGUGCUUACCUAGCCUAUUUACAUGGAAGGACCCAUGCAAGCUUGAAACAGUGGUGCUGAAGAGCCACGUAAUUGGAUAUCUCUGGUGUAAUAACUAGCAGAAUUCAUUCUGCGUUUAUAUUCAAUGUACAAAAAAAAAAGGCAAUUUGCUGCUUUUCUCAAAUCAUGGAGGUCUUUUAUUGUUUGGUCCGGUCUGGUACAUGUACCUUUUGCAUGUUCAAAUGGUAUUUUAGUACCAGCAGUCAGCUUAAAAUUCAUGUCAUUUCAUGCCAUGUUUCAGUGCACUAGAGAUACAAAAACAAGAGGGUUCCUACUCUCAGGUUUGCUGAUGAAAGACAACAAAGGGAGGUGGAAAUGGGGAAUGGGAGAGCUCUGUAGGUGGGGUAGACUGAAGGGAGCUGGGAGGUAAAGUAAGCCCUCAUUUAUUAUGAAUGUUAAGGGUCUGUGGGAGAGCUUGCUGUUAAGACAUUUAUGGAAUCUUACAAACUUGUCAAAGAUUUUGAACAGGAUUAUGGAUGGCAUAAAAGUUCAACUCAGAAUUUAACCUUUCAGUCAUUGAGCAGAAUUUCACUCAAGCCAAUUUAAGCAUAUUUAAUUUGCUCCCACAAAAUUUUAGAAAUUGCUAUCUAGUCCAACCCAUGUUAUUCCAACCUGCUUAACCUCCCGAAAGGGGAGGGGGAACCCCACUGUCCAUCUCACCCAGUUUGCAAGUGAUCUCUCCCAUCUGCAAACUUGUAAGGAAAUGGAAACUGAGGGGGUACACGUCAAUUGCUUUUAAAAAUACAAUACAGGGUGUUCAGUGUGCUCCAAUCAAAAAAUCAUUUUAACACUGGAU